AUUAUUGUGUUGAUUCAGGCCCAUUACUUCCCAGUAGUAUAUGACAUCUUUCUUUGCCCCCAACACCCACACCCCUGCUUCCUGUUCGUCGUCGUCUCUGUCCCCCUGCCAAUCCCCCCGUGAUGUCGUCCAAAUAAUCGUCGUGGGCGCAGGCCUCAUUGGCCCUAGACACUGCCAACACGUCUACAACCGCCCAGAUUGCAAGCUCGCCGCGUUGAUCGAUCACUCGGCCAACGGGCCCCAAUGCGCCGCCCAGCUCGACACCGCGUUGUUCCGAUCGGUGGACCAAUACUUGGAAUAUCUCGAAUCUCAUGGUUUGCCGUACCCAGAUGGGGCCAUCAUCGCCACUCCGAAUCACACCCACGUCGACUUGGGCAUGAAGUUAGCGGCCCACGGAAUCCAUUUGUUGAUCGAAAAACCGCUCCACUCCGACCCAGUGGAGUGUAAAAAAUUGAUUGAGUAUUGUUACGCCCAGAAUGUCAAGCUCUUAAUAGGCCAUCACCGAAGGUUUAAUCCCUACAUCUUGAAAACAAAGAAAAACUUGGACAAGAUCGGACGGCCCAUCGCCAUCCAAGGGACGUGGUGCCUCAAGAAGAAUCACGACUACUACCUUGAGAAAAAAUGGCGUGUGGACCGGUCGGCUGGUGGAGGUACUUUAUUGAUCAAUUUGGUCCAUGAUUUGGACUUGUUGUUGUAUUUGAUGGGCCCGGUGUCGAAGAUAUAUGCCGAACUCUUGGUACCGCAGCGGGAAUUCGAGGUGGAUGAAGGGGCCAUUUUGACGUUGUCUUUCAAGAAUGGCUGCAAAGGCACGUUUAUCUGCUCUGAUAACAUCAUUUCUCCCUUCAACUUCGAGACCGGCACGGGCGAAAACCCCAAUGUGCCACAUAUGGCGGACUUGAGCGGGUUCUAUCGGAUCUUUGGCUCUAGAGGCACUUUAUCGGUGCCGGACUUGAACCUCUACCACCAGAAUUCUGAAAUCGGCCUUAGAACCCCAACACCUUCACCACCUAAUUCAGGUGAAUUCAUGAAACCUCCUCCCAAGCCAUUUGAUUUGCAGUUGAAUCACUUUAUCAACUUAAUCACGGGGGCCGAGGUUCGUAGUAGCUGCAGCGGUGAAGAUGCCCUCAACGCGUUAUUGUGCAUCGAGACUGUCUUGAAAAGCAUUGACUCGGGUAAGCCUGAAUACGUGCCCGAUCUCGAGUCGUUCAUUUAAACUAAACCCCUAAAAACAUCUGUAUAUUAUUGUGUCAUGUUCAAUGUAUGAAAUUACUUACUGUAUUUCUCUCUCAAGUGCUGCCACAAUGAAACCAUUCCAAACAUUCUUCUAAACACAAAAGUCACCCAGAAACGGGGGAAAAACAGUACCACGUGCAAGAUACUGGCCUUGCUACCCCUGUAGUAGUUGAUAACACCAAUACGGGACCCUUCAAAGUCUGAAACCACCUUUUGAGCAUACAAUUCAGCAGACAUCGGAGCAUUUCGUUUGGCCAUCUCCCUACGCUUUGAAAUAAGCUCCUCAAUUCCUUCGGCCGAAUACCACGAGUCUUCCGGUAAGGGCCUCUUAUCGGCAAUAUCGGUGUCAACUCCCCCGGUGAUGAUAUUGAUGACUUUGACGUCAAAAGGCUCCAACUCAAACGCUAAUGUCGAGGCAAACUCGUGAAUGGCAGCCUUGGUGCUCGAGUAUAUGGAAGAAAAUGGGAAGGGAAGGAACCCCGACACACUUCCGGUGAAUCCAACGGUUCCCCGAGUUUUAAUUAAAAACGGAACCAAUUCUCUUGUCACUCUCACCUGGCCAAACACAUUGACCGCAAAACAUUUUUCCAUAUUUUCGUCUGACACGUCAAUGGCUGGGAACGUACAGGACUGGCCGGCGUUGUUGAAUAAGUACUGGAUCUCCCCGUCGUACUCUUGUUUAAUUAACUCCUUUAACAGUUGUACCGAUUCGGGUGAGGUGACAUCCAAUGAAACGGUAAUUACCCCAAGUUUUCUCAAUUCUUCCAUAGCAUCCACUCUUCUAGCCCCCGCGAUGACAGUAUAGCCACGGGAGGCAAAUUCUUUGGCGGUGGCAAGGCCAAUUCCGGAGGAAGCUCCAGUUACAACGACGGUUUGGUGUUUGGUGGACAUUGAAUAAAGUUUGAAAGCAGAGUUGCUGGUGAUAAUGCGAGUGGUGGAAGUGGAGUGUAGUCACGUGAUUCGCACCUCCCAGGGUGUUGAUGGGUGGAG